AUAGAAUGCUUGCAGAGUUUCCAACUGAUCCCACCAUUGAAAAACAAAAGUUUCUGACAACGUUUUUUUUUUUUUAAUUUAAUUUUCAGAUUAUCGCAUCAGGAUUUGGUCUUUGGUUAGUUAAUUGAGCCAAAGAACAACUUAUCCAUUAACAAGAAUUUUCAAAGCUCUUCACCACAUCGUUUCAACCAAAUCCAUCAUCCAAAAUUCUCUCUUUUUUUUUCCCCUUUAUAACAAAGCUUUUUUCCCCUUCCCACCACCUUAUUAUUUUCCCAAGAAUUCGAUCCUCGCAAAAUCGUGCAUCACAUAUGUACCAUGCACCGCCCCCCAUGCAAUUCCAUAUCCAUCACCUUCUUCUUCAUGCUUCUUUUUCUCCAUAGAAUCGGAGCUCGACCAGCACCGGCUGAAUUUACUCAUACACCCUUUUCUAGAGAAACAUCAGAGCCACGUGGCCUCCGUGGCGUCAGCUUACCGGAGAUCAAACGUCACCUCCACCGCUUCGGUUACUUCCCACGCUACAACGAAUCCGAAGACGUCGCGGACGUGUCGUUCGAAUCGGCUCUCGUCCACUACCAGACAAAAAUGGGUAUUUCUGUCACGGGGAAGCCUGACUCCGACACGUUGACUCAGAUACUCUUGCCCAGAUGUGGCUCCCCCGACGUCGUGGAGCCCGAAACGACACGUAAUCCCGCGUUUCACACGAACCAAAAGUACGUGUACUUCCCAGGUCGACCGAGGUGGGCACGUGACGUUCCCAUGGCGCUAACGUACGCCUUCUCGCAGGAGAAUCUUAUCCCUUAUCUGACACCAACUGAUAUUCGGCGCGUGUUCCGACGCGCCUUCGUCAAGUGGGCCUCCGUCAUCCCCGUCAGCUUCCUGGAGACCGACGACUACGCCUUCGCCGACAUCAAGAUCGGAUUCUACGGCGGAGAUCACGGUGACGGCGAGCCUUUUGACGGCGUCUUGGGCGUUUUGGCCCACUCGUUCUCGCCGGAGAGUGGGAGGCUACACCUCGACGUGGCAGAAACGUGGGCCGUCGAUUUCAGGGCGGAGAAAUCGGCGGUGGCCGUCGAUUUGGAGUCGGUGGCGGUGCACGAGAUCGGUCACGUGCUUGGGCUCGGUCACAGCUCCGUCAAAGACGCCGUUAUGUACCCGAGCUUGAAACCCAGGAGUAAGAAAGUGGAUUUGACGGUGGACGACGUCGUCGGGGUACAGUCUCUGUACGGAACAAACCCUAAUUUCACGUUAAGCGCGUUGUUGGCGUCGGAGACGUCAGCCAAUGGAGCCGCCGAUCCGAUGCGUCGGUCCCUUGGGUUCAUCUAUUUGACUCCAUUGACCAUCUUCGUCUUAGGUACUAUUUUGAAUGUAUAGUUCCCAUAAAUAGAUACAAUAUUUUUUCUUUUUUUUUUUGGUUAUACUCAUUUAGAUAGUGGAAAUUACCGAUACACAAGCAAACAGAAGAAAAAAACUGUACUUGAAAGAUUCUUCGAGCUUGGAAAAGCACGAAUCAAUGAAACAUUUUACACUUACCCUAC